AAUAUCUCUUUUCUAUGGUAAUCGGUUUAGCGAUAUGAAAAUUCGCAUUAUUUAUUUUUACCUGCUUAAUUAAUUGGAAAUUGGAUGAAAAUUGUGUAGAGAAUUGAAAUCUCUACACCUAUUGUGUAUUCAUCAUCUUGAUGUUUAACUGCUGUAUACAAUCUGAGGACUCCGCGAAAGGUCCAAUGGCUGCAAUUAGAAAAAAAUUGGUAAUUGUUGGUGACGGUGCGUGCGGAAAAACAUGUUUGCUUAUAGUAUUCAGUAAAGAUCAAUUUCCUGAAGUAUACGUUCCCACUGUCUUUGAAAAUUAUGUGGCCGACAUAGAGGUUGAUGGAAAGCAAGUGGAAUUAGCAUUAUGGGAUACAGCCGGUCAAGAAGAUUACGAUCGUCUCAGACCUUUAUCGUAUCCUGAUACCGAUGUAAUCCUCAUGUGCUUCUCAGUAGAUUCGCCAGAUUCUCUUGAAAAUAUCCCAGAGAAAUGGACACCUGAAGUCAAGCACUUUUGCCCAAACGUGCCAAUCAUUCUUGUAGGUAAUAAGAAAGAUUUACGCAAUGAUCCUAAUACCAUCAAAGAAUUAGCUAAAAUGAGGCAAGAACCAGUAAAACCUCAGGAUGGUCGUUCGAUGGCUGAAAAAAUUAAUGCCUUUGCCUAUUUAGAAUGUUCAGCUAAAAGCAAAGAGGGAGUUAGAGAAGUUUUUGAAACAGCUACUCGGGCUGCUUUGCAGGUCAAAAAGAAGAGAAAGAAUCGUUGUGUCUUGCUUUGAGCCGUAUUGUAUUCUUAUUUUAUAUAAUAUCCGUUGUGUGUUAAUGAUUUCAAGGGGGCUUCUGCAUUAUGUAUGAAACUAACAAAAUAAACCCCUAUUCUUUUUGUUUAGUUCUCUUCUAAAGAUUCCUGCUCCCUUUUGUACCUAUGUAUAUCUAAAGUUGUUAGAGUGUGGAAGAAAACUUAUUUCAAAUUAUGUAGGUAAAAACUGACAAAAAUUUUUUUGGGGAAUUUUCACAUGUAAGACCUGUUAAUAUUUUCAAUCUAAGUGUGAACAUACCAGUUGAUUGUUGCAGAUAUUUCAGUUUUUAGGAGGACUUUUCUUCCAUGCCAUGGCUGAUAUUUUUUAUAAUCAAAUUCAGUGUAAACAUUUAGAGUCUUGUCAGUGUCAAUUGCACAAAAUAUAUAUGGCAUGCACAUUUUUUUUGGUGAAAAAUUUCAAAUUCUCAGGACAUCAGUUGGGAUUUUGUCGAUUUUCAAUCGUCACUUGCUCUAUUAAAAAAGUGAAAAUAUUUGAUUUCAUUCUAAUUUCUUCAACAUUGAAGAAGGUUUUCUUUUCUGUUUUGAUUUAAAUUCUCGAUUUUUUGUGAUGACAUUGAUUAAAAGUAUUACAUUUGUGUUGGCUUUAAAAAAUUUUCAAUAUAAACAUACAGAUAUCUUCAUGAACUUGUAUAAAACUGAAAAUAUCAUUUUACACUUUUUUGUACUAAAAACAAAGUUGCUUUCAAUUAAGUAGAUUAUUUUGUGAGGACUUGCUCUCACAGCUAUAGAUUGAUUCAAAAUGCCCGUAACGCAGUCAGGUGUUGACAGAAUAAAGUUGCCCUCUAUUCAUGUAUUUAAGGAUCAGAAGCCAUUGAUGGAUUGUAUUGAACAAGUCUUCAUAAUUUAGUAGGUAUUCAAAUUAUUCUUAUUUUUAAGAUGAAUAUUAAAAAUUAUGCAUUAUUUUAUAUAUUAUAUGUAAUGAUGAUUAAUUAUUAUUAAAUUUACAAUUGUCAUAUUUUUGAAUUUGACCAUUCGUUUUUUUCAGACAGUGUCUGGAGCUGUUAUUCUAGCUUUAAGUUAGUGUGUAUCUUAAAGGUGAAUAAAUUGUUUUCCUUUAUUA